AUGCUUAUAAAGAAUCAAGUUUGAUCAUAAUUUAUUCUAAUCUUUAAAUAAAUAGUUUUAUUAUUAAAAUUAAAAAUGUAAAAGUUUAAUAAAAUAAACUAUUUAAUAGUCAACUUCUUAAUAUUUUCAACUUAAUUAUUUAAACAAUAUUACCUUUAUAUAAUUCCAAAAUACACCUAUAAGUCAGAUCUACAAAGCUUCCUAUUAAAUUGAAAUCAACUAGAUUUUUUUUGAAUCUUUAAUAUUUAAGAAUUCUUAAUAAGAACAUAAAGUUUCCAUUUCAUAAUUUUGUAAUAAUCAAUCCUAAUUAAAAAAUUAACUAUUGCAUGUUAUUGGUUUUCAAUAAUUAUCAAUUUCAAACUCUGAAAUUUUAAAUCUAUUCAGUAUUAAUUAUUAAUAAUGGAUAUAAGAUUUAGUACUUAAAUAAUUAUUGAUUCAAUAGGAUAAAUAAUAUUAGCAAAUGUAUAAUAUAUAGGGAAUAUAUAACUAAAAAGCAAAUAAGCCACUUCAUGAUAGUUGGUUCCUAUAGAUUUGUAAUAUAAUUUAAAUAUUAAAUUGA